AUCUGCGCCCGGCCCCCGUAACGUAACCCAGAGCGGAAGACGGGAGAGGAGGAUAACCUCCUCCACACCUCGGGAUCCCGCCGCCCCGCCUCAAAUGCCUUCUCGGCCAUCGCAACCGCCCUUAUUCUGAUUCGCUCCUUGACUCUCUUUCGAUGGCUGCCACUGCGGCGGCCUUCCUUGAAGUCGACCGCUGCGGCCUCUUCUCCUUGCCCCUCUCCCUCAGCCCCAGAUCGUUCCUCCUCCCUCGCCGCCAGCUUCCCGGACUGCGCCUCUUCCAUCCCUGCCGUCUCUCCGCUACCUUGGUCCCCUCCAGCAAAGCGGCCUCGAAGUCCGGCUCCCACCGCGAGGACUCUCUUGAGGGAGUAGAGGCCGUGGUUGUAGAGCCGAAGGGGAGCCAGGGGAUGCAGCUGAGGAAGCGUGUGAUCUUUGGCCUCGGCAUUGGAUUCGGUGCGGGAGGUGUCGUGGUGGCAGGAGGAUGGGUGUUCACCGUGGCGCUGGCGGCCGCAGUGUUCGCCGGGGCGAGGGAGUACUUCGAGCUGGUCCGGAGUCGGGGAAUUGCUUCAGGGAUGACACCGCCGCCAAGAUAUGUGUCGAGGGUUUGCUCAGUCAUCUGUGCUCUCAUGCCGAUUCUGACACUGUAUUUUGGUCACAUAGAUGUUUCGGUGACAUCAUCUGCUUUUAUUGUUGCAAUGGCACUAAUACUUCAGAGAGGAAAUCCACGAUUUGCACAGUUAAGCAGUGCUGUUUUUGGGCUUUUUUACUGUGGUUAUCUUCCUUGUUUCUGGAUUAAGCUUCGUUGUGGGCUAUCAGUUCCUGCAUUGAACACGAAAUUAGGACAUGUAUGGCCAGUUUUUCUUGGUGGGCAAGCUCAUUGGACAGUUGGACUUGUUGCAACCUUGAUAUCUAUCAGCAGCAUAAUUGCAGCAGACACAUUUGCAUUUUUAGGUGGAAGGGCAUUUGGUCGGACACCCCUUACUCAUAUUAGUCCUAAGAAGACUUUGGAGGGAGUUUUUGCUGGUCUAACUGGCUGUAUAGUGACUGCCGUGCUGCUGUCGAAGAUUCUAUGCUGGCCAAGAACAUUAUUAAGUGCUUCAGCUUUUGGAGUUCUAAACUUCACAGGGUCUUUGUUCGGUGAUCUGAUCGAGUCCAUGAUCAAACGUGAUGCUGGUGUCAAAGAUUCUGGAUCACUCAUUCCUGGACAUGGAGGUAUUCUUGAUAGGUGCGACAGCUAUGUGUUCACCGGUGCACUUUGUUACUCCUUUGUCAAGAUUGUGUUACCACUCCUUGGUGUUUAAAUCAUCAAAACUCGGUUGCAGCUGAAUGUUCCAAGUUUUAGAUCUGCCUGGAUUAGUAUUGCCUGAACAUGACUAAUCGACACCUGCGGAAAAGGAUGGAGAAGGAAGAGAGGUGACACUCUCCAGGAAAUCAAAGACGUGAGACCGGCAAAAGGGAAAGAAAUUUUAAGCCCUGUUCUUGAAAUAUAUGCAUUGUUUAGGUCAAAGGGAAAAUGGCUCAGCUACAAACAGGGCGUUUUGAUCUCACAUAAUACAUUGUUUAGGAUCAAAGUGUAGUGCUUGUUCAUGAUCUCUGUAUCACCUCAGUUAUCGAAGUUGAGAUCUGAAACAAUGUAUAUAGUUUUCUUCCAGCAGAAAAAUUCAUGAUGUUGAUGAAAUGUAGUCAAAAAUACGUGAUGCAAACACAGCAUGAUUG